GGGCAACAGAUCUGGUUUGCGCGGCUGAAAACACCAAACACAACGGGAUGAUUUCUGCACGACGUGAAUGCGAGCGAGGAAGACGCGCCUCACACAUUUAAAACAGCCAGGAUGUCCGGGAUGGACGUCCCCUUAAUGGACCUGAAUGAGACCGAACUCUCACCGAUAGACAACGGGACCUUCCUGCGUUUCUCCCCGACCUCGGCUUCUACGUCGGCGGCGGCCGCCUCCUCGCCGGGACGUCCGGGGAACGUUUAUGUUUACGUGUGGCUCUUCCUCGGCCUGCUGGUCUUCCUCCUCACGCUGCUCAUCAUCUCCCUCCACAGGCUGAAGAACAUCAUCUCCUCGUCUUCGUCCGUCCCCGACUGCAGCAGCGAAGGAGGGAGCUCCUUCACCAACAUGGAGAUCUGCAGCAUCUCGUCUCAGAGGUCCACCAUCUCCUCCCUGUCCACCUGA